GGGGGGUCUGGAGGUCCUCAAUGGUGAAUUGGGAGGGGUCGAGAGAGGCAGUGUCGAAGUCGUCAUCGGAGGUGGGUUGAGUGGUGUUGUUAUGGAAAAAGAGGGGGCGGGAGGGAGCGGGCGCGGACCGUUGAUGGGGGUGGAGGAGUCGAUCAUGGUGAAGCAUGCGAGAGAGGAGGUCAGCAAGGGGCAUGUCCGGUUCGUGGGCGAGGGCGGUGGCAAGAUCUUUGUGGCAUACUCGCUUGAUGCGGGAGAUGAACGCAAAGUCGGGAAUGACGGUGGUGGGGAGGUGAUGGCGGAGGGAGCGGAUGUAUUGGACGAAGCGGUCUGUGGGACCGGUUUGGCGGAGGUGGCAGAAUUGUUCGAGGUAGUCGUCAAUGGUUUUCUGGGGGCGGAAGGUGGCAGCGAGAAGUUUGGGCCAUUGGAGGAAGGAGUGACGUGGUCCUCCAGAGGCUCGGCGGUUGCUGACUUCAGCCAUCCACCAUUUGGCGGCAUUGCCGAGGAGGCGGGAGAUGGCAAUGGGGAGCCAGCGGGCUAGGGGCAUGUGGUGGAGGUGAAAAGAGUUCUGGAGCUGGGUUAGGAAGA